AUGUAACAUACUAAAAAUAAAGGAAAAAAGUGUUACUCAUUUUCUAAAGCAAAACGUUUUUCAUAAGCAACAACAACGUAUAUAUAUUUCAUUAUUAGAAUAGUUAUUUAACAGCUAAUUAUAAUAUUAAUAGAAGCUUAAAUAAUAGAGGUCAUUCUAUUGGUAAAGGUCCUCGAUCAGAUUUUACUAAAUCCUUUAGUAAUGCUCCUCCACCAACUUAAUAUAUGAAUUCAACUUUAUUAAAUUUAUAAAAAGAAAAAGGAAUCACAUUUGGUAUUUCAAGAGAAGUUUAUUAUGUUAUUCAUUUUUUUAGAAAACAAAGGAAUUAGGAUAUAUAACUUAAGGAAUUUAAAGAAAUCCUGGAGUAGGAAAUUAUAAUUGUUCAAAUUGUUAUGAUUCUAAAAUAUAAUAUACUAUGAGACCAAAAACAUAAUCAAACUGGUUACCAAGUAUUUAAUUAAUAGAUAAAUAGAUUUCUUAAAAGAGUAAAAUUUAGAUUGCAUACCUGGACCAGGUUAAUAUGAAUCAAAAGAUAUUGAUUAAAUGGGUAAUUCAAAUUAUGCUAGAUAUCAAAGUUCUAGAUGUUAUAAAAUAGGUAAAUAAGAACGAUUUAAUAAAAUAAGUAGUUAUCAUAAUAAUUUAGGAUAUAGUAGUCCAGGUCCUAAUACUUAUAAAUAAACUGAUGGACUAAAUGAUUCAGGAUAAUAUUACGAAUCUAAACAUAGAGGUUAAGGAAAGAGAAUUAUUUGUAAAGAACCAAGAAGAAGCUUCAUAGAUUAAAUCUAUUAAAAAGGCAAUUAUGAAAAAAAAUACUUUAACUAUUCUAGUCGUAUUUUAGAUUCUUAAAUUAAUCUAUGUGAAUCAGAAUUUUGA